AUGGGUAAUAACGCGUCAACUAAUAGUCAAUUUGGACAACAUUUAUCAUCACAAUCAAAUAAUUCUAAUCAAACAAAUCAAUCAAUUUCAAAUAAAAAAUUAAAUUCAAAAAACAGUAAUAAUCAAAUUAGAAAAUCAACUGCAGGUAAUAAUCAAAAUAAUUCAUUAGAUGAAGAAUUUAGUGAUUUAAUACUACAUCAAGUUAUUAAUAAACCUAUAAACACUACAAAUGAAGGUGAAGGCAAUAACAAUCAAACAUCUACCAUUCAAUCAAAUUUAAAUCCUAUUCAACCUCAAAAUCUGAAUCAACAAUAUAAUCAAUUUUCAAAUGGUUUAAUAGAAGAUGAAUUUAAUGAAUUAAAUGAAGGAUUAGUAGAAGAAUCUACUUCAUUAUCAAGAAAUAUAUUACCUGAUAAUAAUAAUUAUUUUUAUGAUGAAAAUAAAAAAAUUAAUAAGAAUAUUCCUUCAUCUAAUUCAAAUUCAUCAUCUUCUACUUCACAAUAUCAACAACGAUCUAAUACGAAUGAUGAUCAAAUGGAAUUAGAUGAACCAUUUCCUCAAGAUUCAGAUGAUAUACAAGAAUUUGAAUAUCAAUUAUCUCAAACUCCUACUCCAGAUUUAUCAAAAGUUGAUUUUACUAAAAUAUCAACAUAUCAAAAUCAAUCUACUCAACAACAACAACCUCAAUCUCAAUCUCAGCCACAGCAACAACAACAACAGGAAAAUAAUAAUCAAUAUUUUGCAAAUAGACCACCGCCAACUGCAAGAAUGCUAUCAGCUGCUUCAAUAGCUAGAAGUGGGCAUUCUCCAUCACCUUCACCUAAUUUGGAACAACAACAACAUCAAAAUCAACAAUAUCAACAAAAUCAACAACAACAGCUACAUAGUCAACAUUAUCAUAAUCAACUGUAUCUUAAUAAUUUCAAUCAUAAUAAUAAUCAAAAUCAACAUCGUACAAAACAAUUUAAAAGUAAUAAUCAUAAUGAUAAUUUAUUAAUUCCCAUUGAAAUUAAAUGGGUUAAUACAAAUAGAGAAAAUAUUGGAAAAAUUUCAAUUAUUGGAUCAUUUUCAAAUUGGAGAGAUAUUAUAAAAUUAUCACCAUCGAUAAAUCAUCCGAAUGAAUUUAUAACAACAAUAAAUUUACCAUUAGGAGUUCAUAAAUUAUUAUAUAUAAUAAACAAUGAAUAUAGAGUAAGUGAUCAAUUACCUACUGCUACUGAUCAAGAAGGUAUAUUUUUCAAUUGGUUUGAAGUUAUUGAUGAUACUCAUUUAUUUAAUCAUUCAUUAAAUCAAUCAAAUCAUAUUGGUGCAAGUACUGAUUAUGAUGCAAAUAUUAUAUCAAGUAGAAAUGAUGUGAAUAAUAGCGAUAGUACAAUUGGAGGAUAUAACAACAACAGUAAUACUUAUCAAAAUCAACCAAGAUCAGCGGGUAAAUAUGAAUUUGAAAAAAUUCAAGAAAAAUCAAAUGAAUUAUUACAUAAAAUUUCAAAAGAAUCAAGUUCACAAUUUGAACAUGUUGAAUAUAUUGAUGAUGAAAAUAAUGAAAAUAAUCAAGAUGAUAAUUUAAUGAUUGAUGAAGGAGAAGUUGAAUUAAAACAAAAACAAAUUGAACAACAAAAAUCAGAUAAUUAUCCUUAUCCACAACAUAACCACAACAGAUCAAAUUCUCAACAACAAACUCCAAUUCAAUCAACUCAUCAAUUUCAACCAUAUGAAUUAACUAAAUCAAAUUCUUUUAUAAAACCAAACCAAAAAUUAAAUUAUUCAAAUGAAAUUCCAGAAAUGUUUAUAAAUUACGAUUAUUUUAAAUUAAAACCUGAAGAUUAUGAAUUACCUGAACCACCACAAUUACCACCACAUUUAAAUAAUGUAUUAUUAAAUAAAAUUUCAAAUAAUCAAUCUUCAUCAUCAAAUUCAAACAUUUCAACUUCAAAUUUAUUACAAAAUGGUCCAAUACCUCCUCAACCUAAUAAUCCAACAUCAUCAACAAUAUCGACUAACUCUACUUCCACAACAAAUACAAACUACCUCAAUAAAAGACCACCAUUACGUAGAGCAGAUAGUUCAUAUUAUGCAUCAAAUAAAGAAGCUUAUCAUUUAUCUAUUCCAAAUCAUGUUAUAUUAAAUCAUUUAAUGACAACUUCUAUAAAAAAUGAUGUUUUAACUGUUGCUUGUAUUACAAGAUAUUCUGGUAAAUUCGUUACUCAAAUUAUGCAUUCUCCAGCUGAUAAAUGA